UCCGGGCCGAAGCUCGCGGCGGAAAAGUUGCGCGGCGGAGAGGAGCGGCCCCGGGACAGGCAGCGAGCGCGACGCCGAGCCGGUUCCCCGCGACCCCGGCACGGCCAUGGACGACCUGGACGCCCUGCUGGCGGACUUGGAAUCCACCACCUCCCACAUCUCCAAACGGCCCGUGUUUUUGUCUGAGGAGACCCCCUAUUCGUACCCAACUGGAAACCAUACGUACCAGGAGAUUGCUGUGCCGCCCCCUGUCCCGCCUCCCCCAUCCAACGAGGCCCUCAAUGGCACAAUUCUUGACCCCUUAGACCAGUGGCAGCCCAGUGGCACCUCCCGAUUUGUCCACCAGCAGCCUCAGUCCCCGUCCCCCGUGUACGGCUCCAACGCCAAAACUUCCAGUGCCUCCAUCCCCCAGGACGGCGUGGGCCCUCCGUGUUCCCGAGCCGGUGAGGAAGAGCACGUGUACAGCUUUCCCAACAAGCAGAAGUCAGCCGAGCCGUCACCUACUGUCAUGAGCUCCUCCUUGGGCAGCAACCUUUCAGAACUCGACCGCCUGCUACUGGAGCUGAAUGCGGUGCAGCAUAACCCCCCGGGCUUCCCCACAGAUGAGGCCAACUCAAGCCCUCCCCUGCCCGGCGCUCUGAGCUCCCACUAUGGCAUCCCGGAGAAUAACAGCCCGCUGGGGGGCAAAGCCGGGCCGCUGACCAAAGAGAAGCCCAAGCGGAAUGGGGGCCGGGGCCUGGAGGACGUGCGGCCCAGCGUGGAGAGUCUGCUGGACGAGCUGGAGAGCUCCGUGCCCAGCCCUGUCCCCGCCAUCACUGUGAACCAGGGCGAGAUGGGCAGCCCCCAGCGCGUCACCUCCAGCCAGCAGCAGACACGCAUCUCGGCCUCCUCUGCCACCAGGGAGCUGGACGAGCUGAUGGCCUCACUGUCGGAUUUUAAGACCAGCUCCUCUGCUGUGGCCUUGAGCUCCCUGGGGCUGCACGGCUCAGCUCCAUCCCCACACCAAAUGUUUCCUCCUCCUCCUCCUGCUGGCCCCUCUGUGUUCCUGCCACCCACUAAGAAACCCUCCCCUGCAGGCCCUGGCCACACCCUGGAGGCCCUCAGCACUGAGGACAGUGAUAGCACACGGGGCCUUCUACCUCCUGUGGCCCCCAGCUGGCUUGAUUUGGCUGGCCUCGGGGUGAUGCCUGACAUCCGCAACUCAAGUUUUCCCUCUUCAGAGGGUUCUCUGGGGCCAUUGAGUGCAAAGAGCCAGGCUUGUGUUUGGGGGGGCCCAAACCUGGUGGUUGAGCUCUCCAGGGCACCCCCUAGCCAUACUGUACUUAGUGCUGGGUGUGCAGGUCCCCAGGAGGCUGGGGACCCCCGAGUGCCAUCGGCCAACCCUUUGUGCCCAGAGGAGGCUGUGGCUACCUCAUGGGAGCAGCCCAGGGCCCUGGGGACACUCAGGCCUGAGACCCCGCUGGGAGCUCUGCCCAGCUUCCAGGAAGUAGCUGAGCAAGCCAUCGUGGCUACAGACCGGCAGGCUAUCUUACCAGAUACCUGGAGUCUCACGAAGGAACGUGGACGGCAGAAGGAGAGGGCAGGGCCGGAGCCAGGGGAGCCGGAGAGCGGCUGCCCGGCCCUAGUUGACAAGAAGCAGUUAGGUGGAGAGAUGCCCACGGUGGGCCGCCCAAUCAGGCCAACCCAGGGACCUGAGACCCCCAGGAGGCCAGAGGGUACCGCUGAAGCUGCUGCCGAGGCCGGGAGGGAACAGCCGGAGCUUCUACAGGCCGUGGUCGUGGACACGCCCAGCACCACGGAGAGGAUUUCCACCUCUGGCCAGAUCCGCUCCGUGAUCAGGAGGAGCCGGGAGACGGGCCACGCGCACCCCAUGUCCCGGGAGCCCUCCCCUCGCCGCAGGCUGGACCCCGCCGCCCUGAGCAGGACCCCGUCCCAGGAGCGGCUCAUCGCAGAGCUGCAGGGCCGGCUGGGCAUCCAGCCAGAGGCGGAGGCAGAUGUGGGGGACCCGGGGGCCUCUGCCAAGGACUGGCUGGCUGAGGGCAUCAUCAUCACCGUGCAGCCGCGUGGGAGGCGGGCUGGGGGGCAGCUGGUAGAGAAGGUUGUCUUCCCUCCCGGCUCACCCAUUCCCCUGAGAAGAACCUUCUCUAUUCUGCCUUCUCCUUCUCCUACCGGCCCUUUGCUCCAGCAUCGCAAAGACGCCUCUGCCAGCAGCUCUUCUCCCCCGCCCAGCCUGCCCGCCUCCUCCACCCUGGGGCCCUCAGCUCUCCCCCUCGGCUCCCCCGGGGUCCGGAGUGCUGGGGCAGGGCCUCGGGAGGAUGAUGCGCAGGACCCCACCCCUCCCACUCCAGCACCCCACUCUGUGAGGUCCGUGGGCUGCCAGACCGACGAGGACCCGCUCUUCCCCUCGAUGCAGAUCCAGAGCCUGGAGCAAAGAGCGGACGGAGAGCUGUGCUGGGUGGCUGGCUGGCCUCCAAACGGCAGGCAGAGCAGCCCGGAAGGGCAGGACGAGGGAGGGUUCAUGGCCCAGGGGAAGACGGGGAGCAGCUCUCCCCCAGGGGGGCCCCCAAAGCCCGGGAGCCAGCUCGACAGCAUGCUGGGGAGCCUGCAGUCUGACCUGAACAAACUGGGAGUCGCCACAGUUGCCAAGGGAGUCUGCGGGGCCUGCAAGAAACCCAUUGCGGGGCAGGUCGUGACUGCCAUGGGGAAAACGUGGCACCCAGAGCACUUCGUCUGCACCCACUGCCAGGAGGAGAUCGGGUCCCGGAACUUCUUCGAGCGGGAUGGCCAGCCCUACUGUGAAAAGGACUAUCACAACCUCUUCUCUCCGCGCUGCUACUACUGCAAUGGGCCCAUCCUGGAUAAAGUGGUGACAGCCCUUGACCGGACGUGGCACCCCGAGCACUUCUUCUGUGCCCAGUGUGGAGCCUUCUUCGGGCCUGAAGGGUUCCACGAGAAAGACGGCAAGGCCUACUGCCGCAAGGAUUACUUUGACAUGUUCGCGCCCAAGUGUGGCGGCUGCGCCCGGGCCAUCCUGGAGAACUACAUCUCGGCCCUCAACACCCUCUGGCAUCCUGAGUGCUUCGUGUGCCGGGAGUGCUUCACGCCUUUCGUCAACGGCAGCUUCUUUGAGCACGACGGGCAGCCCUACUGCGAGGUGCACUACCACGAGCGGCGAGGCUCGCUGUGCUCCGGCUGCCAGAAGCCCAUCACGGGCCGCUGCAUCACCGCCAUGGCCAAGAAGUUCCACCCAGAGCACUUCGUCUGUGCCUUCUGCCUCAAGCAGCUCAAUAAGGGCACCUUCAAGGAGCAGAACGACAAGCCUUACUGUCAGAACUGCUUCCUCAAGCUCUUCUGCUAGGCGCCCUCAUCCCUUCCUCUGCCCUCCCCUCCCCGGCCCAGCCUCCCAACUGCUACUGUGACCCAGAGGCCCGGGGGUGGAGGGGCAAAUCCGACCGAAACUGGAACCACAUCCUUGGCUGGUGCAGGAUGGCACGAGGACCCUGAGGGGUCCCGCCUGUUUUUCUCACCCGCUGCCAGAGCCUCUGGGCCUCCCUCCUCCUCCUGCAGCUCUCCCCAGGCCGCCAUCUCUUCACCCUCCCUAGAGGCAGAGGCUGGAGGGCCCCACCCCACCCUGCGUGUGUCCCCACCAACCCACCUGGCCAGGCCAGCACCCCACACUGGAGCCAUCCCUUCCUCAUGUUUCGGCAGUGGAGCCAGCGGGGAGGGCAGGCAGGGUCAGAUGGGGGCCCCUUUUCAUCGGUAUCCUCCCCGCUCAACCUAAUUCUCCUUGUUCUGAGAAUACUGGGGGACUAAGCUCCCUCCAGACAAUGCCAGCAUCCACCCAUCCAUCCAUCCAAGGCUGGGCGGGCCCGGGGCCACGGAGGGUUCCUUGUGCUCCUGCCCUUCCAGCCUCUCCAGGCCUGGGUGACUGCCCCCACCCCCAUACCUGCUCUGGUUCUACUGAGAAAGGCCUCUCUCCAGCAAUAAUGUUUUAUAGUCACUCCCUCCGUCCCCGGGGACGGCGUGCGGCGGGGCCUUUCACCCCGUGCCUGGACACUGUACCGACUUUGAUAGAUUUCUACACUGAGGUUUGAAUUCAUAUCGUCUGUGUUGCUUUUACUUCUCUCUACAGAAAUGAUUUUGAAGAUUUUAAAGAUGUUCCCUUUUGUACUCUUCCCCACUGUGCACUGCCACUGGUCCUGUGGGUGACGGUGGCUGUGGUAUAUGGGGUUUGCCUUGUACUGAGGGCUUGGGGCGGGGAAGCAAUUUGUAUUUUAUUUUUUCUUAGCACGAGCAGGUGAACUGGGAGCAGUUCUGUGACUCCCCUUCCUUAACUUCACAGCUCACCAGGACUGUUUUUAUAAACUGCUGUAUUCCGGGAAAAAAAACCCUUCCUUACUGCCCAGGCCAGCAAACUCUUCACUGAAACUGGCCUUAAGGGUGUCUUGCCCUUUGGGGCCCAAAAUUCUGAACCUCAUCCAUCUUGUUCCUGAGAGAGGAGAAGGGGGAAGUAUACUUUCGGGGCACUGUCUCCCAAGUAAGCCAUUAGGAGUGUCCACUCCCUUGUGAACUUUCUGGCAACAAAGAGAACAUUCUCAGCCUCCUCACUGCUUCUCUGGAGCUCUUUCUUCUGCCUUCUCAGGAAGCUGGUAUCUGAUUUUGACCAUUAGCCUUGUUGAUUCCACUGGGUACAUCAUGUCCCCAAAUUUCCUGCCCUCCCUGGAGACUGGAGGCCUGGGGGAAAGAGCCCAGGUUGUUGCAAGGGGGCCUGAUAGGACUCUGGGCAGAGAGACAGGAUCCUGCUGAGACAGCAGGAAAGCCCCAGAGUGCUCUCCCCCAAGGAUGAAACAGGCAGGGCUCAGGUUCCAGAUACAGCAGAGGCUGAGUGUGCUGUGGUCCCGAAGAGGGUCCCUCCUUGGUGCGGGCUGGGGAGCAGCCAGGGUCUGGGAAGGUCAGCCAGCCCCCCACCCCCCGCAGGUCUGAUGUCUCCACUUCCACCCACAGGCCUUACCGCUCUGUUUACAGUGACCCGCCCCAGACCCCUCCCCUAGAGGGCGUGGGGUUUCAGAGGUCCACCCUCUGAGUCAGUGGUUAUUUGAUGAUUUGAUUUUUUUUCUUUUUUUUUUCCUCUUUAAACUUAUAACCUAGCUUUUCCCCCAUUUCAAUUCCUGUGAUUUAUGCCAAUAAAGUUUGCCAUUAUUUUCACCUGUG